UACUUCCGGUACAUCCGCUAUUAAGAUGGCCGUCCAGUGCUAACGAUCGCGAUAACGUUACAGCAUCGUUUUGCCCGAUCGUGCGUGCGCGGGUAUUAGUCGUCGUUGAUCGCGGAAAAUCGAGAGGCGUGUUUCCCCGUUUCGGAGGGAAAGCGAUCUCGCGCCGAGUCCGCGGCUCGAACGUACGAUUUUUCGCGCAGGUUCGUCGACUCCCACUGGGAAAUUUCUCUCUCUCUCUCUCUCUCGGCGUGCUACCAACGCCAUCUAAAAAAUUUUAGCUCCGCGAUAAAAGUCGUGAGGAACAACAGCGAGGUAAAAAGUCGAUGAAAUAAUCAAUCGAAAUGUGCGCACGUCGCUAAUUCGCCCGCCGCCGAGCGUCAGCGAGGCCCGAUUCCGAUCGAUCAGAGUCGACGCCGCCGGCCAGCAGCCCGCCAUCGGCUGACGCUGAGUCAGUUCGCCGAUAUCUCCGUCGAAGGUGAAAACUUUUAGGUGGCGCUAACGACCGCUGGACAAAUUUCAAUGUAAGAAUUUCGACGGAGGCCGAAGUUUAAGUGAUCGAAGACCCUGUGGACGGCAUAUUGUGUGGGGUUGCGCGGCUAAUAGUAAGGUGUGAUAUUAUGCGUCGGCUCAGCAUGCGAAACAAGCGGAAGAAGUCAGAGACGAUAAGCAGCAGCGAGUCGGAGGAAAAUGGCGGCAACGUCGACAACGGUAAAGACGAGACGCAGAAGACCGCCGACAGGAACAACCACAACAGCGCGUCCGAGACGUCCGUGAACACCGCCAUGCGAAAGUCCACUCCGAAGAGACGCUCACGCGGCUCAAUGCAGCAGAAGCAGUCAGCGGCGCACGCGGACGACGGUGAUGAGGUAAAGGACGAGCUGGUCGUCACGGACGAGCAGGAGGAGCAGGAGAAUGGCGAGAAGACCGCCGUGAAGCCGUCGCCGAGCAAGCGCAAGAGGAAGGAGGACCAGAAAGCAUCCACCUCGGCCCGCGGCGAGGAUUCCGGCGGGAACGACGAGUACGAGGUGGACAUGAUCAUCAGCCAUCGUACUAUCAAAGGACGCAGACAAUUCUUGAUACGAUGGAAAGGUUACAACAGUUCCUCCGAUUCUUGGGAAAAUGAGAAGGAUCUCCACUGUCCAAAGUUGAUAGAAGAGUUCCUUGCGAACGAGAAGGACGAAAAGGAAAAGGCGAAAGCAAAACUGACCAAAACUGAUAAAUCAAAGAAAACUAAAACUAAAAAACAAACAGAAAAUGAUGAACAGAAUAUUAAAGAGGUCAGCACAGAUAAGGAAGGUUUGAAGGAGUUUGAAGUUGAAAGAAUUAUCGAGGUACACUUCAAGAAGAACGGGAAGAGAGAUUUCUUAAUCAGAUGGAAAGGAUUUAGUGCAAUGGAUGAUACAUGGGAACCAGAAGAGAAUCUCAAUUGUCCAGAUCUGAUCACCAAGUUUAUGCAGAAGUUGGAGAAAAUGAAGACGGCAGACUUUCGAGAACUCAGGACAAAUCCAGCGCACACUAAACGGUACACCUUAUCGACACGCGACUCCGGAAGGAGGUUGUCUCGACGUCACAAGGACAAGCAAAGGGCAACCUAUCAUGAAUGUGACGAAUGAAGAAAUACAUCGUCGCGGUCCCAAUAUCAUUUUUUUCAAAGAAUUUACUUUAUAUAUAUAUAAUCUGUAGUUUUACAAGAGAAAAGAAAUGGAAGGCGUUUUAAGGAUAAAACAAAAAAGAAUAUAUCAAAACGAAUAAUUUGCAGUAUAUAUAUAUAUAAUCUAUAUAUAUAUCUAUAUAUAUAUCUAUAUAUAUAUCUAUAUAUAUACAUAUAUAUAUAUAUAUAUGCAUACAUAUAUGACGUGUAUAUGCUCCGUUUGAGGAGUGACGCGUCCGUGAAUGAGAGAAGGUGAUUGGUUUAUGUAUUGGUCUGAUGUAUUCACUAUAUACGCACUUUGUUAUCUGCUUUAGGUACAUCUUUUGUUCGAAGGAAAGUCUUAUUAUUAUGCACGAACUUAAUAUUAUGUCUGUAGUAAGAAAGCGAAAGAGAGGGAGAGAGAGAUGUAAAGUACAAUUUUAUUUUUGCUUCGGUACGAUGUUACAGCAGUCGAGAGGAACGAUUUCCAGAGCCGUACUUACCUUCUUUUGGAUAAGUACAAAAGAAAGAAUUUCUGGCGGAUGAUAUGGGAAGAUAAUUAUUAUAUUUGUAUCAGAUUUAACAUACAGUGAUAGGACCAAUGUAGUUCUAUAACAAUUAACAAAAUUAGUCAAUUAGCAGAAUUCAACCUUGUUUAUUGUUUGUGAUAUAUUCACUAUUUGGUGCUGUAUAGCAAAUAUGUCGUGUGGCCAAACGUAGUGUUGCAUAUUGGUACGGUCCUGGUAACGUUUUCAUUCGCGCAAUGUAUGAUUCGUUAAACAAGUUGCAAAGAGGACUAACAAUUUGGUUUAAGAGAAAUAAUUGUAAAUCUCAUUUACUACUUCGUGUGAAUGACUAGCUUAUCUAUCGCCUAUCAGGGAAAUUGACGAAAUAAAUACUUAAAUUUGACCUGAAA